AUGGUGAAGAUUGCAGUCGCUGGUGGCUCCGGAGAAGUCGCCCGAGAAAUGAUCGACGCUUUAUUAGCUGCGAAGAAGCACGAGAUAACUAUCCUGUCUAGGACCAAGUCUUCGUCCAUGGGAGAUAGCAUGCCAGCUCUUUCCUGGCGUACUGUAUCCUAUGACGACAAGAGCGAUCUGGUCGAAGCCCUGCAGGGAAUCCACACCGUCCUGUCUUUCAUCCAGGUUAUGAAAGAUCCGGGAAGUAACGCCCAGAAGACCCUGAUAGACGCCGCCAUUAUCGCUGGGGUGAAACGAUUUGCACCAAGUGAAUGGGGAAGUGCCGGAAUGGCAGGCAUGCCGUGGUGGGCGGGAAAGGAAGAGGUCAGAGAGUAUCUGAAGAAGGUGAACGAGAAUGGAAAGGUUCUCGGAUACACUCUCUUCCAACCGGGACUGUUCUUGGACUAUUUGGCAUUUCCAUUCAAGACGGCCAAAUACGUCACCCCGCUGAACACCAUGAUCGACUUCCAGAACCGGCGUGCAAUUGUGGUUGACGGUCACGACAGCAUCAUGACUUGGACUACUGCCCAAGAUCUUGCUGCAGUUGUUGCUAGAGCGGUCGAAUACGACGGCGAGUGGCCCGUUAUCGGUGGUAUGUGUGGCAAUAAAGUCACCGUCUCACAGAUCCUCGAGAUUGGGGAGAGAGUUCGAGGUUGCCCGUUUACCGUCGACCAUGUCAAGAUUGAAGACCUCGAACGCGGGAAUCUCAAGUCAUCAUGGACGUUGGAGACGAGCCAUCCAAGUGUUGGCAGGGAACAAGCCGAAAAUAUGGCGAGGACGGUUCUCGUCGGGACGCUCCUCAGUGGUGCGCAGGGCGCUUGGACCAUCUCAGACGAGUUCAACCGGCUUUUGCCAGAAUACAAGUUCACUCAGAUAGAGGAGUUUCUUGCCAGAGUUUGGGCGGGAAAGCCAUAG